UGCUUUUUAAACCUCCUGUGGGUUACUUUAUCAAUACUUAUAUGCAUUUGGUCUAGUGUUGUGUUUUCUUUUCAUGUACAUACUUUUGCUCUAUUCAUCAGCACAAGCAGGUGACAGCAUGACUGUCCAGAGAGGUAAAACUGACAAUUCCUCUGGGGAAGGAACGUCAUCAAAUACGGACGGCUCUCAACAGGAGACUGAAGGUGGCGAACCCCAAGAUGACGUCACGAUAGCAGACGACGCCACCUUGCGGAUGAAGAAAGAGAUCGGUCUUUUCAGUGGGAUGGCCUUCAUUGUGGGUUCAAUAAUCGGAUCUGGGAUUUUCAUUUCCCCUAGGGGGGUGUUGGAAGGGACCGGGUCGGUAGGUGCCUCGCUGCUGGUGUGGCUAGCAUGUGGACUCAUCUCCAUGGCAGCGGGUUUAUGUUACACUGAGCUGGGGACGAUGAUCCCGUUGUCAGGGGCGGAGUUUUCCUAUCUUAAAGAAUCCCUGGGUUCUUUCCCGGCAUUCCUCAGCGUUUGGAUCGAUAUCGUCUUAUCUAGGACAUCGUCUCAGGCGGUGCUCGCCCUUACCUUCUCUAAGUAUGCCCUGGCGCCAAUGUUCGACGUAUGUGGCCCUCCAGAGUACUUACUAAAGAUGACGGCCUCGGCUGUGAUAUUGACAGUUGCGAUAGUCAACUGUAAGAGCGCGGCAUUGGCUACCCGUGUUCAAGUGAUCUUCACGCUGAUCAAGUUGUCUGCUCUUGUCAUCAUCAUCAUUGGCGGCAUCGUCAAACUUGCUCAAGGAAACACGCAAUACCUCUCUACCGGUUUUGAAGGCUCUGAUACUAACCCUUCUGCAAUAGCUCAGGCUUUCUACAAUGGUCUCUGGGCUUAUACCGGAUGGAGUUCCCUAAAUUAUCUCACAGAAGAACUGAUCAACCCAAAUGUAAACCUGCCUAGGGCCAUCCUGUUCAGUGUGCCGCUUGUAAUAGUCGUCUACCUACUUACCAACAUUUCCUAUUUCACGGUGUUAUCUAAAGAAAUGUUACUGGACGCGCCCGCCAUUGCUGUGAGCUGGGGAGACCACGUGCUGGGACCCGUGUCUACUGUUAUACCCCUUGCCGUGGCUUGUUCCACAUUUGGCACUCUCAAUAGUUCCUGUUUUUCUGGAGCCAGAAUGUCCUACGUGGCGGGAAGAGAAGGCCAUUUCCCUAACGUACUCUCCUACAUCCAUGUACAUCAGUUAACGCCGUGGUGUUCGCUUAUAUUUACGACUGUUGUUGCCUUAGGGAUGGUCAUACCAGGUGACUUAGGCAUUCUGAUCAAUUUCAUCAGCUUUACAUCUUGGCUCAUUUAUGGCUUAACGUUUGGCGGAUUGAUCGUGAUGAGGUUUACUCGAAAAGACUGGGAGAGGCCGUAUAAGGUUCCUAUUGUGAUACCUGCAGUACUUGUUCUCGUCUGUGCAUACCUGGUGAUGGCCCCAGUGAUCCAAAACCCACAGAUUGAAUUCCUCUACGCCAUCCUGUUUGUUUUCAGUGGACUGUUCUACUAUGUGCCGUUUGUGUACUUUAAGCUAAGGAUGAGCUGUAUGGACCCUUUAAUCAUGUGGGCUCAACUCUAUCUUCAAGUUGCCCCAAGCAAAGUUAAACCUUGAGGCCCUGGGAACGGCCCUUAUAACAUGGAUGGAUGAUAACCUAACCACGUGACUCUAAACUGUUAUCAUCCGUUAUUUUCAUCCUGCCUUUGGCAGGGCAGCCUUCAUUCUGUUUCCAUAUGGAACUGUAUG